ACCGACCCCCCCCCCCCGCAAACUACCACCGGGUUUGUUGAUGUAUUUUUCCCCCCUACAAGGACCGCCGGUCGCUCGCAUCCUGACAUCUUGCCUCACUUGAUGGACAGCGACGGCGGCCGAAGGGCAGAAGAAAGGGUUACUUGAGAGCAAGAGACCCCCCCAAAGCAAGGAAACAAGCAACUCCGUCGCUCCCCCCACUGCCCCCGGUCCACACAGCCGCCAACAUUCGCGUCGGCGCAAAACCGCCCGUGCCUGCACCCGAGUAGCUCGCUCGCUUUGCAAGAGGGGUGGAUUGUGUCUGGAGUGGAAGGCGGUUUUAUUAUUAUUAUUAUUUUUCAAUACUUAUUUUUGCACGUGAGCAAUCCGCGCAUAAAUUGACCCUCUCCUUAAAAACACACUCACCCCAUUUGCAGCAGAUUCACCCCUUUCUUUCUUUCUUUAAAAAAAAAAACAAUUCCUUGUUGAUUUGGGGGCAGCGAGGGGCCAAAAAUGAAAAGAUUCCUUUUUGGAGAGCACUGAGGCUUCUGUGGCUGGCCCACGUCCCCCAACGGGGGGGAUUCGACAAGGAGAACCCUGGAGAAAAAUCUUCCAAGCGUCUGAUGGCCCAAAGAUACGAUGACUUGGUCCACUACGCCGGAAUGGACGGGGUCUCGCUGCCGGGAUUUGGGGACCCACACACGGGCAGGGGUCUGCAACAUCACUCUUUGAACCAGGGGUCCCCUUAUGGAUCCGCAGGAGUUAACCACCGGCCUGGGAUGCCCCCCAGCUUGGGCGGUAACGACGCCUUGAAGAGAGAAAAAGAUGAGAUCUAUGGGCACCCCUUGUUCCCGUUACUGGCCCUUGUCUUUGAAAAAUGUGAAUUGGCAACGUGCUCUCCCAGGGACACGUCUGGCUCUUAUCCGGGAGGAGACGUCUGCUCAUCAGAUUCUUUCAAUGAAGACAUCGCUGUUUUUGCCAAACAGGUUAGGACAGAAAAACCUCUAUUUUCUUCCAAUCCAGAGCUGGAUAAUUUGAUGAUCCAAGCUAUCCAAGUACUCAGGUUCCACCUUCUGGAAUUAGAAAAAGUACACGACCUCUGUGACAAUUUCUGCCACCGCUACAUCACUUGCCUCAAGGGGAAGAUGCCGAUCGACCUGGUGAUAGACGACAGAGACGGAGGCUCCAAAUCAGACCUCGAAGAUUUCGGCGGCUCUUGCGCAAGCCUCUCUGAUCAGAACAACUCCUGGAUCCGAGACCACGAUGAGACAGGAUCCACGCACUCGGGAACGCCGGGGCCUUCCAGUGGUGGGAUAGCAUCGCAAAGUGGUGAUAAUUCCAGUGAACAAGGGGACUGUCUAGAUAACAGCGUGGCCUCCCCCAGCACAGGAGACGACGACGACUUAGACAGAGACAAAAAACGGAACAAGAAACGAGGGAUCUUCCCCAAAGUGGCCACAAAUAUUAUGCGAGCGUGGCUGUUUCAACACUUGUCGCAUCCGUAUCCCUCAGAAGAGCAGAAGAAGCAGUUGGCUCAGGAUACCGGACUGACGAUUUUGCAAGUGAAUAAUUGGUUUAUUAAUGCUAGGAGGCGUAUAGUUCAGCCCAUGAUUGACCAAUCAAAUCGCACAGUAGGUCAGGGUGCGCCAUAUAGUCCUGACGGGCAGCCUAUGGGAGGCUAUGUUAUGGAUGGGCAACAGCACAUGACGAUCCGCCCCCCAGGACCAAUGGGAAUGGCGAUGGGAAUGGAGGGCCAAUGGCACUACAUGUAAGCCCAGACCUCGCGGCUGAUGCCAGAGGGGAAGAAUCCAAGCUAGGCCAGGUGUGCUGGACAACACACCCCACCAGGUUUACAGGCACGAGACUCGCGGCACGUUGGGGGUCUGGCGUGUCCUUCCUCCCACUUUCCCCUUUGCUGAACGUGCCACCGACUCUCUUCCCUCCCCACUCCACCCCCUCCAGCCACGUUGCACUGCCACGACGAGAGGAAGCGACUCCCCCCCCCCCAAGACGGACCAAGCACGGACAGAGCAUUCCAUGUUAUAGCCCUUCCCUCCACCAGCUCUCUUCUCUCCUCCACUCCUUUUCCUGAAGAAGAACCACCCGAACAGCAGCCAGGCUUCCAAGGUUCCGAAUCUCCUGCGGCUCUCGGUGGUCAAGGUUUAGAGGCCAGUUGACUGGUCACAACACACAAGCUGGACAUUGGUGGAAACCGAUUGCUCCCCCAGCCCCAAAAUGUAAAAAAACGGAGAGAGAUGGAUAGCCGUGUUCAUCUGUACAGCGAGAUCUGGGGAGGGGGAGGCCGAGGGGUUAACUUUUAAUUUGUUGAGUUGGGCUUUAUAAUUUUUCACCAAAUAGACACAUACACAUGUUUGUAGGAUCCCACCACCAGCUCAGAGGCAAAAGCCCCUCCCUUCACAAUAUGCCUUCGGGCACAGCUGUUCUUCUCCCCCCCCCCCACCUUCCCGUUUAUAGACUUCUUUCCUGAACAAGAUAACUUUCCAAACAGGGUGGUUUUUAUUUUGUUUUCCCCUCUUUUUUUUCUUUUUUCUUUUCCUGGAUGUUUUAAUUAUUAAUUAAUUAUUGAUGUCGAUGCUCAGAAAGGGGAAGUAAAUUAAAUUGUACAUUUUAUUUUCC